UUUGCUCUGUAAUCAGGAAUGAAGCUCAUCUGUGAAGCUGAAAAAACAGAGUGGGAAAGGAGAGACAAAGUGAUUGGUUGUGGAUUUGAUCCAGCUCAGAAGGUGUUCUUCACUGUAGAUUCAGAACUGGUUCAUGUAAUCAAUUGCAAUUCAGAAGAAUUUGGUUGUCCACUCUACCCAACUCUAGCUUCAAAUGUUGACAUUACAGUUAUAGUUAAUUUUGGACAGAGUGAUUUCAAGUAUUUACCAGCAAAUGCACAGAGGACUCCAAAUCCAUGUUUCAUUGCUCCUCUUGAAAAAGGUUCUGCAGCUGGUUAUGAAGAUAGCAGAGAUCUCUUCUCCAUGGCAAUAAUUGAUCCUCGAUGGCUUAAUUCGUCCAAGCAUGACAACAAUGGCGAUAACAUGUCGUCACCAGAUCUUAAAUGGGGAACCAAUAUGUCACCAGAUCGGAAAGGGGAAACUGAAACAACUGAGCUAUUCGAAAUAGUCUUUUCAGGUACAGCAGAUCAACAAGCAAAUCGAUGA